AUGCCGACAGUGAUCAUCGCCGGCGCGGGACUCGUCGGAGCCCUCAACGCCUGUUUUUUCGCGCAAAGAGGCUGGAAUGUCCAGGUCUACGAGUACCGGAAAGGUAAAGUUCAAAAUUCGUUUUCCAGAGAAAAAAAAAGAAGUUGUGAACUUUUUCUGAGAACCAUCCGGAGAAGCUUGUCACACGGGUUGACUACUAAAAGUCUAAAUUUUGGAAAAAAGUCCGAUGUCUGUGUGCCACGACUUGAAAUUUUACCGAACGACGUUCCACUGCGUACAGUCGCGAAGCGACUUUGCCUUCGCGGAACUGGGUCACCCUUCCAGACUAUUUUUAUUGCUGAUAGAUUGUUCCACUGCGAGUAUUGAAAUGAGAAAAAAAAAAAUGGAAAGCGCGACCGAGAUUCGCAAAGGGGCCCGGCGGAACAGCGGAAUGUCGUUCGGUGAAAUUUCAAAUCGCAGUCUCACAGACUAUAACAGUUUUUUUCUUUUGAAACGGCGUGUUUCUUCAUUUUCAAACUCUGAGGAAUAGAAAAAGGCUAGAAAAGACGAAAUAUUCCUCGAUUUUUAUAAGAAGAAGAGCAAUAUUUCAUCGGAAAUGAUUAAACGGCUGCGACCUUUCAGACAUCCGCACGAUGGCUCACGUCCAGGGCAGAAGCAUCAAUUUGGCCUUGUCCCAGAGGGGCAAAAGCGCCCUGGAAGCCGUCGGACUGAGAGAAUAUAUCGUCAACCAGGGUUUGGAACGGUUUUUCAUCGAAAAAUAUUAUUUUCGGAAAUAAAAACCGAUUUUUGAAGCUCACAUUCAAAAGGAAUUUCAGGUGAACUUCUUUUGAAAAAAAAUUGGAAAUUUAUUCGAAAAUCUCGCAAAAUUUUUUUUCUUUUGAAUCUUAUGAAAAGAGAGCCAAAAAUGAAGCUUUUGAUCGAAAAUUGAUGAAUUUAGGGGUUCCAAUGUACGCCAGGCUGGUGCACAACAAGGACGGCAAAACGUACAGCCGACAGCCUUAUGGAAGACCGGGAGAAGUUAGUUUUUUUCACGGAAAAAUGUUUUCGUUUACUUUAAAAAUUUGGCUGGGCCUGAAAAUCGAAAAAAAUUCUGAGUAUACUUCAUCACCGGAGCUUAUGAACUUAUGAACAGUUUUGACAAUUUAUCAUCAAAAAUGUUGAAAAUUCAUUAACUCCACUUAUUCUGUUCUGAUCAAUGCUUAAUAAAUUAUUUCCAGCACAUCGUUUCCAUCAAUAGACGUCAUUUGAACGAGGUUAUGAUCACACAAGCCGAAAAAUGUCCAAAUGUCAAGUGAGUUUGAAGAAAUUAACUUGAAAAGUUCAUGCUUUUUUGAAUUGACGGGUUAGUCGUUCAAAAUAAUUUCGCGAAAUAGGUAAAAUUAGAAAUUUAGAAAAAACGGGUCCUACAACGCUAUACCGUAAUAUAUGAACUUUUAGGAAGAGUUUUACGCACCUGUUUGAAAUUUUCUUUGAAAAUGUUCGAAUAAUUUCAAAAUUUGGAGUUCGCGCGUGAAAUUUACCGUAAAAACGCAUUUAUUGCGAUAUAUCGUUGUAGGACCCUCCCGGAAGUCCAAUUCUGCUUUCUUUCCGGAAUUAUUUUAAAUGAAUAACGCGUCAAUUUUGAAAUCGCUGAAGAACAUAUAAAUUUUCUUCACGCAGUGUUUCUUCCGGUAAUAUUAAAUCUGCAAUGAUUCAUUUAAAAAAAAAGUUUGAAUAUUAUCUCUAGUUUGUUUUCAACUAUUUUCUAGAUUUUUCUUCGAGCACAAAGUGAAGAAUGUGGACGUCGAUAAAGGCUCAAUAACCGUUCAAUCGUAAGUUUUUUCCUUAUCAAGUCAAACUUUCUCAACCUUCAUGAAGUGCUUAAAAUCCCUGAUUAAUACAAAGAAAAUUUUCAGACUAGCCAAAGUGAGUCGAAUCCCCCGGCCUGGGCAGUCCCCUCCAAGGUUUGUUUUUAUUUGAAAUAUCUAAAACCUAUGGGAAAACUUGGAAAAGACGUUUUUUCGACGGCGCCCACUUUUUCUCCGUAAAUUGUAGGGUGUCGUGUGCAUGGUUCUUGUAUGUUUCAAUAAUGAUAUAUGAUAUUUAUUUUCUAAGAUUUUUCAAUCAAUGUCUUCCGGCUCAAGAUAAAAAUCAUUUUCUUCAUUAUGCGAAAAGGAAUCUUUUUUCAAAUUGCAGAACCGAAGACACGACAGAACAGACAAUCCAAGGAGAUCUGAUAAUCGCCUGCGAUGGCGCCUAUUCGGCUGUCAGGAGAAGUCUCAUGACUUUUCCGAGGUAAUAUUCUUCCAAGUUUUGGGGGAAAAACAAUUCAGGUUCAACUACUCACAAGAGUACAUUGAGCACGGCUACGUUGAGCUGAAUAUACUGCCCAAAAGUGAUGAGGUGAUAAAAGGGCGGAUCUGAGCAAGAUUUAAUCAAAAUCUUCAGUUCGCCCUAGAAGAGAACGUCUUCCAUUUAUGGCCAAGAGGUCACUUCACCUUGAUCGCUCUUGCUAAUAAAGACAAAACUUUCACAGGUGAGUUCUAAAAACAUCGAACAAAAUCAUUACUUAACAUUGAUUUUGAAGAAAUGAAUAAGAAGAGCUACUAUGUUUACAUUAAAAAAAUGCCUAUCAAGAUCUCAUAAAUAUAAUUUUCAGUUACUAUCUUCGCUCCAUUCGCCGAAUUCGAGAAGCACAUGUCUAACACAACUGAUGUUCUCAACUUCUUCCGAGAGAACUUUCCAGACGCCUAUGAGCUUCUUGGAAGGUAUGUCCAUUUGUUUGAAAACUUCUGGAACUUGAAAGAUUGGAUUUUUGAUGGGAAAAUUAUGAGUUCAAUGCCUUUUAAAACCUCCAAUCUCCUCCGGACUGAAAAAUUCCUCAGGUUCAUAUCGCAGGCCUGGUUCAAAGUUCUGUUAGGAAGUCCCAGGUGUAUGUACUGAAAAAAAGCCCUUUGCUUAACGUUAUAGGCUACCAAGACCGAAAAUGUACAAGAAAUGCUCGGAAGAUGUCUUUCUUCUUCAACAAUUUUUGAGCAUUUCCAACUCAUUUUUCGAACUGAUAUUUCCGCUAACUAUAAAUGAUAUCGUCUAUAAGUUUGGACUAGAUCUGCAAAGUUCGCCUCAAAAAAACAACCGAAAAAAAGUUCAAUUUUCAUUAUGAUCCUAUCUUCAGAGAUCACAUCGCGGACACGUUCUCAAGAGUGAAACCACAACCGUUGAUUUCCUUAAAAUGUGCCCCACAUCAUUUUGGAGACAAUAUUUUACUCAUGGGCGAUGCCGCUCAUGCAAUGGUCCCAUUCUACGGUCAAGGAAUGAACUGUGUGAGAAAUUUUAUUCAUUUUUGAAAAACUGCCAUGAAAUUUCACUAGAACUGCCCAAAUUCUAUGUGGUUCAAAGCAAAGAUCAAUUACGCUAAAACUACAGUUCUAAGAAAAUAAAUUUCCCUUAACUCAGGGCUUCGAGGACUGCCUGGUUUACAGCGACAUUCUAAACCAAUACCCAAUGGACAUUCGUAAGCUCAAAACUUCCACGUCCACCUCUUUAAUUUCUAUUUCAGCCCGCUCCUUAAAAGAAUAUUCCCGGGUCAGAGUCAAAGACGCUCACACGAUAAACGACCUAGCAAUGUAUAACUAUGAGGAGGUAUCGAAAAAUGAAAUAAAAGCCGACUAAUUCAAAAAAUUAGCUUCGCGACUUGGUAAACCACACUUCUUACAAACUUCGUAAGAAAUUCGACAUGUGGCUGAACAGAAUAAUGCCCGAAACUUGGAUUCCGCUCUACUCAAUGGUCACAUUUAGUCGGAUACCCUAUUCAAAGGUCGUGGAGAAUCGUCGAUGGCAGGAUAAGGUAGGUUAUGUUUGAAAGAUAUUGAACAAGAUAAUCCGCUCAAUCAUUGGUAACGCGAAACGGACAUGUUGAGGUAUUUCUAGUGACCACUUUAGUAGCGUCAGCACCCUUAAGUGAUCCCUAGAUAUGCUCAGAAACGUCAGUUUUUCGUUACCAAUGUUGGAGAGGUUCUGAAUACAGACUGGAACUAACUGAAUAUUAUAAAACUCAUCAGAAAUUUCCGCAAAAGUUUCGAAGAGAAAAAAACGAACUCGAUUGGGAAAUUUUAACGAACAUUUUAAAAUUUUGGAUUUUAUUGAAAACCGAAGAUAGUAAAACUAAAAUUAUUCACAUUUUCAUCAUUCUUUAAGUUUGUGGCAAGCUUAUUGGAUACUAAGUUAACUUUAACGAUUCGGAAAAAGUUCUGUAUCAAAUUCAAAAAACCAAUUCUUGCAGUUUUCUUUGGAGCCAAAAAAAGUAUUCGUUUAAAGUUUAGUUUUUUUCUUCUCGAAAAAAUUAAAUUCAAGUUGAACUUUUUCUAGAAAUCCUAGAAUUCGUUAAAAUCACCCCGAAACACACUGGAUGACUAAAUAAAUUCCAUAACUGCCGGAAAAAAGGAUUUUUAAGAUAGUUUCUCGGUUCAACAAGAUCAUCUGCACCUCUACGGUCGUCGGAGUCAUUGCCGUGGCUUCUUUCGCCGCAUAUCGUCAGAAAAUCCCGCCAUUUAACAAGUUCUAG